AUGGCGCAGAGAGGAGUUCAACUGGACCAUCCCAUCUGUCCCAUCUGUCUGGAUUUCCUGAAUGAUCCUGUGACUAUUCCCUGUGGACACAGCUACUGUAUGGACUGUAUUAAAACACACUGGGAUGAAGAAGAUUGGAGGAGAAAAUACAGCUGCCCUCAGUGCAGGAAAGAGUUCAUACCGAGGCCUGUCCUGGAGAAAAAUGUCAUGUUAGCUGCUUUAGUGGAGGAUCUGAAGAAGACCGGACUGAAACCUGCUCCUGCUGAUCACUGCUAUGCUGGACCUGAAGAUGUGGCCUGUGAGGUCUGCACUGGGAGGAAGAUGAAAGCUGUCAAGUCCUGUUUAACCUGUUUAGCUUCUUAUUGUGAGGAUCACCUCCAACCUCACUAUGAUGUCCCUGGAUUACAGAGACACAAUCUGGUGAAUCCCUCCAAGAAUCUCCAGGACAACAUCUGCUCUAAGCAUGAUGAGGUGAUGAAGAUGUUCUGUCGUACUGAUCAGCAGUGCAUCUGUUACCUCUGCUCUGUGGAGGAACAUAAAGGCCAUGAAACCAUCUCUGCAGAAGCAGAAAGAGCUGAGAAGCAGAAGAAGCUCCAGGAGAGUCGACAACAAAUCCAUCAGAGAAUCCAGGACCAAGAGAAAGAUGUGAAGCUGCUUCAACAGGAGGUGGAGGCCAACAAUGUCUCUGCUGAUAAAACAGUGGAAGACAGUGAGAAGAUCUUCACUGAGAUCAUCUAUCUCAUCCUGAAAAGAAGCUCUGAUGCAAAGCAGCAGAUCAGAUCCCAGCAGGAAACUGAAGUGAGUCGAGUCAAAGAUGUUCAGGAGAAGCUGGAGCAGGAGAUCAGUGAGCUGAAGAGGAAAGACGCUGAGCUGRAGCAGCUCUCACACACAGAGGAUCACAGCCAGUUUCUCCUCAACUACCCCUCACUGCCAGCACUAAGGGAGUCGACACACUCAUCCUUCAAGAUCUGUCCUCUGAGACGCUUUGAGAAGGUUGCAGCAGUUGCCUCAGACAUCAGAGAGAAACUACAGGACGUCCUGAGAGACUCAUGGACAAGGAUCUCAAUGGUAAUCAAUGAGAUGGAUGUUAUAUCGUCAAAACCAAAGACCAGAGCUGAAUUCUUAAAAUAUUCACAAGAAAUCACUCUGGAUUUAAACACAGCAAACAAAUAUCUGUCGUUAUCAGAUGGAAACAGAAAAGUAACAGUAAUGAACCAACAACUGCAUUAUCUUUAUCAUCCAGACAGAUUCACAAGUAUCCAGGUCCUGAGUAGAGAGAGUCUGACUGGUCGUUGUUACUGGGAGGUGGAGUGGAGCGGGGGACAGGCUGGUAUAGCAGUUUCAUACAAGAAUAUCAACAGAGCAGAAGCAUUUGGAUGGAAUGACAAAUCCUGGUCAUUAGGUUGUGAUACGGAAAGUUACACAUUUUAUCACAACAGAGUUCAAACUCCAGUACCAGGUCCAGUUUCCUCCAGAAUAGGAGUGUACCUGGAUUACGUGUAUCAGAGAGCAGGUAUUCUGUCUUUCUACAGCGUCUCUGAAACCAUGACUCUGAUCCACAGAGUCCACUCUUUAUUCACUCAGCCUCUGCAUGUUGGUAUUAGGUUUCAUUCUGUUGGAUCCUCUGCUGAGUUCAUUAAACCUGCAGUGAUCUGA